AUGCCUCGACGCAAGUCGUACCGCUCAGAUCUGCAGUCGAUAUACACUCAGAACAUGCUCGGCAUCAAGACGGAUACCGGCUUGGACGAGCUGAUCGGCUACAGCCAGGAGUUCGUGCGCGACGGCUACACGCUCGUGGGAAGCGCGCCUGCACAACAGCAUGGGCGCGGCAGCAUGGGCGUGUGCAUCGUGCUCUCGCCUCGAGCUGAGGCUGCCCGGCAGCGAGCAGGUGGCAGCACGCCAGUGGCUCGUUCGCCGGACGGCCGCUCCAUCGCUGUGCGGCUCGUUGUGCGCGGCGGCUCGCGCGGCAAGCAGUUCUCGCGGAUGAUGGGCAUUCUGCUCGUCAGUGGGUACGCUCCCACGUCUGCGCACUCCGCCGCCGAAAUCGACGCGUACUACGAGGGCCUCGCCCAGCUGAUCGCUCUGCGGGAACUGCGGCAGCCGGGUGAUGUGCUCGUGUUGUGCGCCGACGCCAACGCCAGCAUUGGCCGCGGCAGCCUCGGCUGCGACGGCGAGCGCGCAGGCGCAGUUGGCCCGUUCGGGCUGCAGCAUCUGAAUGACGCGGGGCGUCGGCUACGCUCCUUCAUGGAGGUGCACCAGCUGUGCUCCCUCACCUCGUUCUACCGCAAGCAGUACUAUGGCACGUGGAUCCACCCGUGCUCGCGGCUACCCCAUCAGCUCGACCACAUCAUUGUCUCGCGCGAGGACCGGCGCCGCUUCACAGACUGCGGCUCGUGCCCCUUCCAGCUCGUAAACAGCGAUCAUCGCGCUGUGGGCUGCCGGAUGCAGGUGGUCGCAAGCAUUCGUCGCAAGGCGGAUCAACGCAGCAAGCUCCUCGGCCGAUGCCACUCAUCUCUCUACACGGAGGGCGGGCGGCGCGACUAUGCGGACGCGGUGGUUCAACGCCUGGCCGCGGAUACCGGUGCUGAGGCGUCAGCGUCGUCCUACUCGGCUGUCGCUGCGGCGAUGGAGGCAACGGCGCUCGAGGUGCUGCCGAAGAAGGCUAACGCGGGCCAUCGUGGCCGCGGUGCAGCCCCGCACGGGUUUAAUGCGCGAGAUGCGCUCGGGCGACGGAGGAGCCGGAGGCGGGCGGAACUCGGCCGGGGCGAGGCCUGA